UAACGACCUGUUCGCUGCAGUAACCCUCGAGGUAUCGGCUAUGGCACGAUCGGUUAUUACCCUUUUCAUGCUGGCUGCCGUGCAAGCGAAGCCAUCCAUUCUUCCCCGCUCGGAGACAAUUCCUGACACCUCCGUCCCUCCUAUACCGCUUCCUCGCUUCGGAGACUCAACAGACCCUGUUCUCCUGCCGCGUCAGUCGGGUACUGAGCUGGUCAGAGACACUGCCGUCGCUGGUGAGACGCUCCUCUCCGCUAAGAACGGCACCGCUCUCUCCUCUAACCACCCUAUCCGGUCCCUGGACAGCAGCGUACCCUCGCCGACCCCGUACGGCAGCCUGCGGGGGCAGUGCUGCGGCCUGGCGCGCCGCUCCACCCGUAUUGUCGGCGGCGUGGAGACGGAGGUGCGCGAGUACCCGUGGCAGGCGGGCCUGGUCAGCGCCGGCGACUCGUGGAUCUGGUGCGGCGGCACCGUCAUCAACGACCGCUACGUGCUGACGGCGGCGCACUGCACGGUCGGCCGCUCGGCGGACCGGCUGGAGGUGCUGCUCGGCGAGCACGCCAUGUUCCUGGCGGACGGUGAGCGGCGCGUGGCCGUGGCGGCCGUCACCGAGCACCCGCGCUACCGCUCCGUGGACACCACCGGCUACGACUUCUCGCUGCUGCGGCUGGCCCAGCGGCUCGACUUUGCCGCGCUGGGUGGCCGGGUGGCGCCCGCCUGCCUGCCGGCCGGCGGCGAGUUCGUCGGCGUGGAGGCCAUAGUCAGCGGCUGGGGCACCACGUCCGCCGGAGGUCCGCAGCCGGACGCCCUGCAUGAGGUCACCGUCCGAACCCAGAGCAACGCCCAGUGCAGCGCCGCCUACAGGCAGGUCAACCCGAGCAUGCUGUGCGCGGCCGUCUCUGGCGGCGGUAAGGACGCCUGCCAGGGCGACAGCGGCGGCCCGCUGGUCACCGAGGUGGCCGGCCGCUACUCGCUCAUCGGCGUGGUGUCGUGGGGCAUCGGGUGUGCGCGUCCCGACUACCCGGGCGUGUACGCGCGCGUCACGGCCGCCGCCGACUGGAUCCGACUUAACACGGCCGACGCCUCGCUCUGCUAACAAGUGCCUCACACCGCGGACGGUGUCGGGUUUGAGGGCGUGCCCCGGGCCUCUGCUUCGUUACAAUGGGUGGAAUUAAACACCUCAGGGGCACAUACGGGUUCAGCGGCACGCUCGGAUUUCCAGUGCACGGAAUGACCUCGGACGUAAAGCGAUUGUGAAUGUUUAUUGUUUACGGUUGGAUCUUAUGCGCAUGGGUCUCAACUUCAGGAACGAGGCCUGUAAUCGUCUUUCUGAAUGACCAUUUCCUUCCGCGUCUAUGGCUUGGACUGCUCAUGGGAUUUGCAUCUUAUGAAUUUCAUGUGCGUGCUAGGGCGUUUUUAUUUUUCUAUAAAUCGCUGUUGUUGCCGUUUUACUUAUGUCGCUAUAUGGAUGAUUAUUAUUGAAUACAACUGAUG